AUGUUUGACCACUUCGAGAUCGAGACCCAGGAGUCGAACAUUGAGUGUGCUCCUGUAUACGGUAUACAAAAUGAUACCCUGGAUGCUGAUAUUUAUCGGCAAUCAUUUCGAAAUCAAUCUGGAGAAACUUUUGCGGAAAGACACGUUCCUCUGGAUACGCCACAGCCUCAGAUUCUGUUUGACCUCUCUCCAACACCGGCGCAUUCUACCCCCAAUCCCCCGAAUCUCAUGACUCAGGAAGAGUCUUGUGCAGACCACGAGGAACAGGAAGUCAGGAGAUUUUUUAACGAUUUAUACACAAUCUACCCGGUGGUCGACAAGGAUAUUGUAUCCAAGCGAUCCCAUCUUGGCGACCCAGCUCCAGACGCCCAUUUCCAAACUCUCCUUCUGGCACUGCUGAUGAUCAACUCAGCCAGUGAUCAUCGGAAAAUAGCUACACAGACAACCAAGGCAGCUCUCCAAUCCCGAAUCGAAGCUGUAGAACAGGCUAGGUCCAGUUACGAUUUCGCUGAGUGUCCUACCGUGGACACUGUGAUUGUCUCCUUUUUCUUAUUCUGUGCUUACAACACCCUUUGGCGACAAAAUCGAGCCUUUCUCUAUCUAAGAGAGGCUCGUGAUCUCUUCUACAUUGUCUCAGAAACGGUCAGAGACACGUCAGACACUAGCUCCCGGCGCCGUCUUGCUCGCCUCGAAUUGAUCAUUUUCAACGCCGAGCUCGCCACUUAUGCCAUCUAUGGUCCAGAUAUAGCGUACAGACAACGUCCUAAAUCGAUUCCUCGGGGGGCUGCGAUCCUCCAGUGCGAUCCUCCGGAGGAUCCCCGAGAGAAACAACUUGACAAUAUACUCCUCCAGUUAUCGCAGAUCCAUGCGUCUUCUGCGAAUGACACUGACAACUCGAGCAUGGGUCUGACGCAGUCUCUACUGGAAAUGAUCGACAAGAAUGAGUCACCAUCAAUCAGCCUGGAGCGCCUUACAGACCAGGUCCGGUCGUUCGAGGCCUCUGGCUCUGGAGGAAUUAGGAGAUUAACCGCAGACGUUAUCAUUACCCAUAACUGGCGUUCGCUCGAGAAGAUCUCGAAGAUGCUUGACCAUAGAACUAAUUCCCCCAUCUCCGGCUCGGCGCAAGGAUUUCAGGCCAGUGCAGCGAUCAGAAGAGUAAUCUCCAACAAAGCCUCCUCAGCGCUUGCCGCCGCCUGCUCACUCAACGAAGGCGAUCUUCGUGUCGUUGGUCUCGGAAAGAUCGCUCAUAUAACGACCAGUUUUCGCGAGAUCCAUCUUCGUGGUGGCGCCGAUCUCGACGAAUGCAAAAAUACUCUGGCUGGACUCCUAUUCACAAUUGUCAAAACCGACUAUGAGCGAACGUAUGCACAUACCAUCCAGGACUGCAUUGAAUUGGUGUUGGGGUACGGACCUUUCUCACCACUUCAGAACUGUCUCUCCCCAUCAAGGAAGAUAGUGUCAGCAUUCGAUGGCUUCAAAUGGGAUGAUAUGAUCGAGGACGACGAUCAUCCAGAAUUUCCCUCGAGGUCUUAUCCCUGA